AUGGAUGGGUCAUCAGUCGUUGAGAAUCAUGAUAAUAGUAAUGAUGAUAAUGAAAAGAAACCACUGUUAUUUCAACAACCUUCACUAACGAAAUCAUCAAGUACUCUACCGAAAAUGAAGAAUAGUCUUGAUAAUAAUAAUAGUGAAAAUAACAGUUAUAAUAGUAAUGGUAGCAGCAGUAGUAAUAGUAUAGGUAAUACGCAACAACAGCAGCAGCAGCAACAGCAACAGCAUCAUCAACAAUAUCAACAUCAACAAUCACUUAAUAAAAGUAUAAGUCCGACUAUUCUUGCAGGUGGCAAUGAAUAUCACUCGAGAAUCAACACACUUAGAAACGAUGUUAAACAUUUUAAUAACAACACUGAAGAUGACUAUGAUUUUGCUACAAACAACAGUAACAAUAUCAAUAGGAAUGAUACAGAACAUGAUCAUGACUAUGAUGAUGAAGAUGAUGAUGAUGAUGAUUUAGGAAGUAGUUCAAGUAAUAAUAACAAUAAUAGUAAUAAUAAUAACAAUAAUAACCUUAAUAAUAGUAAUAAUCAAAAUCAAUCUAUGAUGAUGAAUAAAAGUUAUAAUAGUCAAUUGAUGAGUUCUUAUCAUUCCAAUUCGAGUAGUACUAGUGGUCAUAUCAUUAUUGUAACGGACACUGAUAAUAGUAGUAACAAUCGAUACAAUAGGAAUCUGAGUAACAAUACAAUUUGGUCAGUAGUUACAACAAUUGCUCCAGUACUAAUUCCACCACGUACACCUUAUCUAAGAUCAAUCGAUCAGUUACAACAACCAAAUCAUCAACAACAACAAAGUGGAACAACAGAUGCAUCUUCUUAUAUUGAAACAUCGUCUUCAACCUAUCCGAAUGAAUUGGAUGCUACUCAUUUCUCGUUGAUUAUUAUUUAUGCUGUGAUAGAGGCAACUGCGCUGUGGCGAGCUUUGGCAUUGACAAGUAGUUUCCCAGGUACCAAUCCAACGCGUCUCUUACUCUGGCUUAGCGUGCUUGGUGCCACUAUUUUCGCAAUCACCGAUACACUCAUUGUGAUCAGCAAUUUCUACUAUCCAUUGACCGGUAUCUUUUACUAUAGCAACGGUGGAUAUUGGCUUGGACACAGUCUCAUUGUGUUCUCUAUACCUCGACGUAUGGAUCUAAGAGAUUACCUAUACAAGUAUUUCGAUCGAUUUAGAGAUAAAAAUGAUAAAGAUAGUUUAGUCCCUGGAAGUAAGAGAUAUUUACUAGUAUAA